UCCACAUAUUACAACAAAUUUAUUUUUCAUUAUUGUAAACUUCCGCUUGAAACCAACGUGGUGUACACAAGUAGAUUUUUCUCCUUUCAAAAUGGUUAAAAUACGCAAAAAGAGUCAUAGGCAGUCAACAAAAUUGAGAGCUAAGAUUGUGAAAAAGGUAGCAGAGCACAAUAGAAAAAAGAAACGAGAAGCAAAGAACAAGCCAGCAUUCACAAAGAGGCGCAAAGAUCCAGGCAUUCCAAGCAGUGCUCCAUUCAAAGAGAUUGUGUUGAAAGAGGCCGAAGACAGGAAAAGACAGAUAGAAGAAGAGAGGCAGAAACAGAAGGAGAGAAGGAAGAAGGAUCGUCAGAAGCUUGUGGGGAAGAAGAGAAGUCUGGAUGGCCUUGUCAAGGAUGCACUUAAACGGGGCAAUGAGUUCGACAAGAAGGUUGGAGUCCAAAAAGAAAACAUUGGACUUGUUGAGAAGCCUCUUGAAAUUUCAUUGAAGACGUAUUACAAGGAAUUCAAAAAGGUUGUGGAUGCAGCAGACGUGAUUUUGGAGGUACUGGAUGCAAGGGACCCCCUCGGUUCCCGAUGUCAGCAGAUGGAGGAGGCAGUCAUCGGAGCAGGAACCAGUAAACGACUGGUCCUUGUGCUAAAUAAAAUAGAUUUGAUUCCAAAGGAGAAUGUUGAAGCGUGGCUCAAGUAUUUGAAGAAUGAGUAUCCAGUGAUUGCUUUCAAGGCUUCUACACAGACACAGAAUGACCGUCUGUGUCAGAAGAAAUUAAAGCUUGGCGGAGGUCAUGAUGACCUGUUGAAGACGAGCAACUGUCUUGGGGCGGAGACACUGAUGAAGUUGCUAGGCAACUACUGCAGGAAUAAGGAUAUCAAGACCUCCAUACGAGUUGGAGUUGUAGGAUUGCCCAACACUGGCAAGAGCAGUAUUAUCAACAGCUUAAAGAGGGGCCGAGCCUGCAAUGUAGGGGCCAUGCCAGGGGUUACAAAACAGAUGCAAGAGGUAAUUCUGGACAAGAAAAUCCGUCUUCUAGACAGUCCUGGUGUCGUCAUGGCGGCAGGAAACUCUGACACGGCAACAAUCCUCAGGAACUGUGUUAAGUUGGAAAGUCUACAAGAUCCUAUCAGCCCGGUGGAAGCUAUACUUAAGAGAUGCAAUAAACAACAGAUGAUGCUCCACUUUGGCGUGGAGGAGUACAAAGAUGUACAUGAGUUCCUGUCCCUGCUGGCUCGUCGCCAGGGGAAACUGCGGAAGGGGGGCAUCCCUGAUGUGAACAAGGCUGCCAAGGGUGUCAUACAGCAGUGGAACUUGGGUAAGAUCUGCUAUUACACACACCCUCCAGAGCAGAGAGAGACCCACAUACAUGCAGAGAUUGUCACUCAGAUGGGAAAGGAGUUUGACAUUGAUAGUCUUCUGUCAGAACAGCAGAAAGUCAUAGACACGCUAGACAAAACCAGUACGAAGCACAUGUUGGUUGAAAGUAUGGGUCCUACAGAGAUCGUGAUGAACUUGGAGGAUAUUAGUCGUGUUGUUGAGCUGAAUACAGUGAAUGAUGAGGAGGUGGAGAAUGAAGAUAUGUCUGAGGAGGAAGAGGAGGAAAAUGAGGAGGAAGAGGAAGUAGAAGAAAUGGAGGAGAGUGAAGAUGAAGAGAUGUCCCAAGUGACAGUGUCACUCCCAGGGAGCAAGCCUCGAUCCCGGACCUCUACAGUGUCAGAUCCAGUACCCGGGAAGAUACAACAGAUUAAGGCCAGUAAGGCAGAAACACUCAGUGUCGGUCUUCCACAGUUGAACAAGGCACGGAAACAGGACUUUAAGAAGAUGAAGAAACAAAGGCGAAGACGAGACAAGGUUGCAGGCGAGCUGUCAGAUGCCCUGACCUCAGCGUUCUCCCUGGACAACGAUGUAGAUGCAGAUGGAGACUACAACUUUGAAGAAGACUUUAAGUGAACGUUAUAUGUAUGUGAAUUAGAAAACAUGGCCAUGAAACUGUGAACUGGUUCUUUCCAAUUAAAAUAAAUGUUAACAUCUGA